CUUUCUGUAGGGGUAGUUUGAUUCGCCGCCAUGAUACGAUACGUCGCAGUCCUAGUGCUUCUCGCCGCGGCGCGGGCGAUGCCUGCGCUCGAUAAAGAGCCCAAUGAAAUCGGAGUUUUCGGGUCCAUAUUAGGAGUUGUUAAGGAGUGUGUUGAUGGAGAUACGUCCUUGUGCAUAAAGGAGAAAACGUUGAAAUAUGUAGAGGCUGUAAACUCCGCCCGGGAGUUGGACCUUGCUGAUGGUGUGGCCAUCCUUAGCAAUGGUUCCCCAAGGUCAGCUAGGGCCUUGGAGCCUCUGUCUGAAGAACCCAAGGCCAGGGAAGCUCAGAUCGAGUCCAGACUGGUUGACUCAGCUGCUGACUUCUUGGAGAACCAUGUGAUCCAGUUCAAACUUCCCUCAUCUGCCGUUGAAGGCAUGAAGAGGUCACUUGAGGAAGCUCGUGGCAAGAAGAAGAAGAUCAAGCAGCUCCUGCCCCUCCUCGCUCUUGCUAAGCUGAAGAUCACCGCCCUCAUCCCUCUGUUCCUCGGCAUCAUCGCCUUUGCUGCUGCCAAGGCUGUCCUCCUCGCCAAAAUCUCUCUCCUGGUCGCUGGUAUCAUUGCCCUGAAAAAGCUUUUAGCAAGCAAACACCAUGAAACCAGCUACGAGGUCGUCGCUCACCCUCAUCAUGAGGAGCACUACGCUAGCAGCGGUCACGGCUGGGGAAGAUCCAUUGAUGAUGGACAGGAUCUAGCCUACGCCGCCCACGUUAAGUCCGAUUAAAGCCCUGGAAUUCCCAAGGAGCUAUUCUAAGUCCAACCCUAAUUUGUAACAUAGUAUGAAACGGAAUGUACUGAGUUUAUUUAUUGUAGUUGUUAAGACGUAUUUAUUUAAUAUUCUACGAAGAAUUUCCCUUUGUAAGGGAUUUUUACCGAAGACGCGUUUUGUUACUGUUUUCCCAUAAAUGUUGUUCUAAGUUUGUAUGGUCUUCUAUACUGUACUAUAUUAGUAUUUUCCAACCCUAUACGGUAUCCGUAUUUGUGUAUUUUGUACUUCAAAAUAUUUUUUAUAUAACUCUUUUAGAUUUAUCAUCUAGUCCUUUCUUACCUAAGUCUUUAUUUUAUUAUCGUAGACUAUUUUGACUAUGAUUGUUAUGUUUAUGUAUUUGUGAUUUUAUUUUUU